AUGAGCCACCCUCCACCGGCCGGAGCGGGCAGCGGCGGGGGCAAAACCGGCAAGCACACGGCUCCGUCCCCGGCCCCGGCGCCGGCCCCCAGCGGCCUGGCGGCGGCGGCGGCAGCGGCGGUCGCAGCAGCGGCUUCCUCUUCAUCUUCUUCCGCCGUCCCUGCCGCCGGGCCCGGGGCUGGGGCUGGGUCCGCUGGGGCCGUGGGCGGCUGCGGGACGGCGGCGAUCAUCGGUGCCGGUGUCGCUUCUCCCCCUCCGCCGCUCCACCAUCACCAGGCGGCGGCGGUGGCGGCCGCGGCAGCCGCCGCCGCGGCCGCCGCCGCCGCCGCCGCUCAGGAACUGACCUCGCUCUUCGAGUGCCCCGUCUGCUUCGACUACGUCUUGCCGCCGAUCCUGCAAUGCCAGGCCGGGCACCUGGUGUGCAACACCUGCCGGCAGAAGUUGACCUGUUGCCCGACUUGCAGAGGCUCCCUCACCCCAAGCAUUCGCAACCUGGCCAUGGAGAAAGUGGCUUCGGCUGUGCUCUUCCCCUGCAAGUACGCGUCGACUGGAUGUUUGCUGACCCUCCAUCACACUGAGAAGCCGGACCAUGAGGAUGCAUGCGAGUACCGCCCAUACUCUUGCCCCUGCCCUGGGGCCUCGUGCAAGUGGCAGGGCUCCCUGGAGCAGGUGAUGUCUCACCUGGUGCACGUCCACAAAAGCAUCACCACCCUCCAAGGGGAGGACAUUGUCUUCCUGGCCACGGACAUCAACUUGCCCGGGGCGGUGGACUGGGUCAUGAUGCAGUCCUGCUUCGGGAGACACUUCAUGCUGGUGCUGGAGAAACAGGAGAAGUACGAGGGCCACCAGCAGUUCUUUGCCAUCGUGCUGCUGAUUGGUGCCCGCAAACAGGCGGAGAACUUUGCGUACCGGCUGGAGCUGAACGGGAACCGCCGCCGCCUGACAUGGGAGGCGACCCCGCGGUCCAUUCACGACGGGGUGGCUACAGCCAUCAUGAACAGCGACUGCUUGGUCUUCGACGCGGCUAUUGCGCACCUCUUUGCUGACAAUGGCAACCUGGGAAUUAACGUGACCAUUUCGACUUGCUGUUCAUGAUAUUUAUGUGGUGGUGGUGGUGGUGUUUGGGAUUGCCAAUGUUGUGAUGACUUGUUGCUUAUUUUAUUUUUUUUUUGUCUGUCUUCUGUAGAUUAGACAUGAGAUCAUUGUGAAGCUUUACUGACUGUGCCAAUUUAUUUAAAUUAUGUUACCAUAAUAGCUUUUUUAAAUAAAUAUAUAUUUCAGAGCGGUUGCAAUACUUAUUUUUCCAACACGUUUCUAGUGCUCGCUAAUGAUAAGCCCAUCAUGCAUUGUCCAUAACCUGCCUUUAAAUGGUACCUAUCGAACUCGGAUGCUUUCCUUUUCCAUUUUGCUUCUUUCAUUUUCUAUCUUCCUGUCAUGAGCCUGUAAUGUAAGAAACAUGGGAACAGAGUGAGCGUUUCAGCCUCUUGAACCUGCUCCAUCAUUCUAUUAGCUUGUUACUGAUCUGUGGUGGUGUGUUAAGAGUUCACUCAGCGAGUCCAAGUUGCCUUGGCAACUAGCACUUUUGCAUGCAUGUUGUAGUCUGGAGCUAUGGAUCAUGGUGGUAAAGGUUCCAAUUUUCUUUCCAUCAUGUGGCUGACCAGGAAUCUCUCCCGCUCUUGCUGCCUGCCGUUGGCAUGUGUUGGAAGGAUUUGCGGGUUGAUACUCAACCUGUUUGACUGUGUUAUGAACACACCUUCCUUGGCCUGGAGUCGGACUUGAAACCAGAGCUUCUCGCUCAGGCAGGAUGUUGCCCAUGCACCACAAGACCACCUUGGCUCAAUAUUAUUUCCCUGCCUUAGCUCCAUGUCCCUUGACACCCUCACUUUAAAAAAAGAAUCAAUAACAGCUUGAAUUUAUACAGCGCCUUUAAUACAAUAAAAAUAUCCCAACGGUGCUUUAUGGUAGAGAGAAUCUGAGACUGAACCACAGAGAGAUACAAAGUCAAAUGGCUUCAUGCUUGUUCAAAAUGGUAGGAUUUUAAGGAAUGACUUAAAGGUGAAAAGAAAGAUGGUGAGAUAUAGGAAGUCAGUUCCAGAUUGUGGGACAGAGGCAGCUGAAGGCAUGGAUGCCAUUGAUGGAGUGAAGAAAAUCGGAGACUGGGGAAUCCAGAUUCCGAGGAACGCAGGUAUCUCAGUGGGUUGUAGAGCCGGAAGACGUUACAGAGAUAGGGAGGGACUAGAUCGUAGAAGGGAUAUAAAAACAAGAGUAAGAAUUUUAAAGACUCUGGCAUUGCCUGAUCUCAAUUUUGAAAGCUUCUAUUGUCCCAGCAUCCACAGCCUGUUGGGGGUUAAAUCUUCCUGGUUGUCGAGCUUGUAAUCACUCAGGAUUCUGCUUUCCAGGGUUUAGUUCCAUGGAUACCCUCUGGCACUGCAGCCAAAUGAUCCGUGCUUGAGGCCAGAUGGAUGAGUGCUGGUGGGCAAUUUUUCUGGAACUGUGUCUGCAUGGGGUCGCUUAAAUAGCAAUAAGGAAUGGGAUGCCUGCUGAACUUCAACAGUCCUUAACCUAAAAGUGCUGAGAUCAAUUGCCAUAUUGUCUGAGGCCAGCUGACUCUGCAUAGGCUGCUGAUCAAACCUGCAAUAUUUUAUGGCUCAGUUCCUCAUUGGCAAGUGUCUUGUAGCUGCACUUGCAUAGCUUUAACACAACACAACUUAUGCACUAGCCAAACAAUGGUGGCAGACCAUUUCAAUAUGUAACCCUAAGUGCCCUCCCCAAGGAGUGAAUGUGCAAAGACACUUUUCACUGCAGCAGUAGCUACACCAUUGCAAAUGUGCCACAUUUGAUCCCAAACUUCUCAUCUCGAUUGGAGUGAGACAUUUGGCUUAAAGGAAAGGGGAUUUCUGCUGAGGUUCCUAUUUGCCACUACGUAGUCACUCAUCUAGAAAGUGUGCUUGUUUAGGUAUUUGGUAAGGACAAGGUCAGGCUUAUUUGGGAGUCCCCCUGCGUUAUUUGAUAUCGGAGUUUUUACAGGACCAUGAACCAGAAUGCCAUGAAACUAUACUAUCUGCAAGGAGAAGACUGCAACUGUCUUAAGUUGCUUCUUUAGCUUCGGACAGUUAGCAAAUCUUUAGAGUUUGACUGCUUUGUAUUUCUGUAUUCGAGGCUUCAACUGAAUUUGAAAGUGCACCAUUUACAUUUGGGCAAAUGCAUUUCUGGGCUUUAAUCAGAUUUGUAGUUUAAAAAAAGACACUAAAAGCGCUCUGUGUCUAUGGAAUGGUGAUCUGCCAGCAGGAAAAUCCAUCCACCCUGUUGAGCAGCUUUUCUCUUGUUUUUACUUCAAACUAUAAUGCUGAAAUAAAGCAGUUAAAACAGUAAAGCAUUUGCUUUAUUCCUCCCCUUUACAUUUAAACAACACUAAAUAAAGUAUUGUAUCUG